AUGCGUUCGAGUCGCACAUCCUAUCACACACGCCUCCCCCACUGCUUCCCGCACAUUGGCCUCCACGUGAUCGCACCCCCAUUACCACGCCUUCCCUUCACGUCGCCCUCCCUUCCCGUCGCCCGCGCUUCUUCCCGUUGCCGUCCGUUCUGCUCGUCGCCCUCCCUUCGUCCCCCGUCGCCCUCGCUUUCCCCGUCGCCCUCGCUUUCCCCGUCGACCUGCCAUCCACUGCUCGUCGCCUUCGCCUUCCCUCCCGCCUCCCUUCCCAUCUGCUUCCCCCCAUCCGGUUUCCUGCUUCCCCCCCUCCCCUUCUCUGCUUCCCCAUGUCCCCUGCCCUGCUUCCCCCCAUCCCCUGCCCUGCUUCCCCCCAUCAGAUUCCCCCCUCGCCCCAAUCCCCCUCCCUGCUCCCCCCCAUCCCCCUCCCUGCUCCCCCCCAUCCCCCUCACUGCUUCCCACCAUCCCGUGCCCUGCUUCCCCCCAUCCCCUUCCCUGCUUCCCCCCAACCCCCUCCCUGCGUCCCCCCAUCCUCUUCAUUCUUUCGCCUUAUCCCAAGCCCUGCUUCUUCCCAUCCGGUUUUCUGCUUCCCCCCCUCCCCUUCCCUGCUUCCAUCCAUCCCCUUCCCUGCUUCCCCCCAUCCCCUGCCCUGCCUCCCCCAUCAGAUUCCCGCCUCGCCCCCAUCCCCCUCACAGCUCCCCCCCAUCCCCCUCCCUGCUUCCCCCCAUCCCGUGCCCUGCUUCCCCCCAUCCCCUUCCCUGCCUCCCCCCAACCCCCUCCCUGCGUCCCCCCAUCCUCUUCAUUCUUUCCCCUUAUCCCAAGCCCUGCUUCCCCCCAUCCGGUUUUCUGCUACCCCCCUCCCCUUCCCUGCUUCCCCAUGUCCCCUUCCCACCUCCCCAUGUCCCCUGCCCUGCUUCCCCCCAUCCCCUUCCCUGCUUCCCCCAUCCCCUGCCCUGCCUCCCCCCAUCAGAUUCCCGCCUCGCCCCCAUCCCCCUCACAGCUCCCCCCCAUCCCCCUCCGCCCUCCCUGCUUCCCCCCAUCCCGUGCCCUGCUUCCCCCCAUCCUCUUCCCUGCUUCCCCCCAACCCCCUCCCUGCAUCCCCCCAUCCUCUUCAUUCUUUCCCCUUAUCCCAAGCCCUGCUUCCCCACAUCCGGUUUUCUGCAUCCCCCCCUCCCCUUCCCUGCUUCCCCAUGUCCCCUUCCCACCUUCCCCCCAUACCCUUCCCUGCUUCCCCCCAACCCCCUCCCUGCUUCCCCAUCCCCAUCCUCUUCAUUCUUUCCCACGAAACAUCGCACAAGAAGCGCUUAA